CUGGAUCUGCGCACGUCUGGACGAUGUGCAUAAAGAUCUGCGCUGGACAACUAAAAACGUCGCACAACUACUGACGAAUAUGCUCUUGCGGAAGACGUUCAACCCGACCAUCCAGCUCAUUCUACAAAAGCGAAAAGAAGAGGAAGCAAUGGUGCUGGCACAAAACAAGGAUAAUAAAACGCGAACAUCGCACGCGCAUCAGACACCAGGAA